CGGCAUGUGGGAUCCUGCCGGUCCGGGGCAUGAACCCGUGUCCCCUGCAUCGGCAGGCGGACUCUCAACCACUGCGCCACCAGGGAAGCCCUGUAAUCACAAAUUUUAAAGCUGAAAGGGGCCUUAUAGAAAAUGCAGUUCAUCCCUCUCAUUUUACAGAUGAGGACACUAGGCCGAAAGACGGUGUAGCUUGAUCGAAGUCCCAAGACGGUGUAGCUUGAUCGAAGUCCCAUACCUCUCACUAACUGGACUCCAAGGCUCUAGAUGCCUUGGUCGUUACGCUCCUCGCCACAGCCGGAGUGCGGUGCCAGUUUAACCCACGCACCGUAGAGACUAUCUGCCAGAGAGCCACAAUGGACACAGCUAGCCAUAGCCUUGUCCUUCUGCAGCAGCUGAACAUGCAGCGAGAAUUUGGUUUUCUGUGUGAUUGCACAGUUGCUAUUGGAGAUGUCUACUUCAAAGCCCACAGAGCAGUGCUUGCUGCUUUUUCUAACUAUUUCAAGAUGAUAUUUAUUCACCAAACAAGUGAAUGCAUAAAAAUACAACCAACUGACAUCCAACCUGACAUAUUCAGCUAUUUGUUGCACAUUAUGUACACGGGGAAAGGGCCAAAACAGAUUGUGGAUCAUAGUCGUUUGGAGGAAGGGAUUCGAUUUCUUCACGCCGACUACCUUUCUCACAUUGCGACUGAAAUGAAUCAAGUGUUCUCACCAGAGACUGUGCAGUCCUCAAAUUUAUAUGGCAUUCAGAUCUCAACGACCCAAAAAACAGCUGUCAAACAAGGGCUGGAGGUCAAGGAAGCUCCUUCCAAUAACAAUGGAAAUAGAGCUGCUGUCCAGGGUGACCACCCCCAGUUGCAGCUCUCUCUUGCUAUUGGGCUGGAUGAUGGCACUGCAGACCAGCAGAGGGCCCAUCCUGCUGCCCAGGCCUUGGAGGAGCACCAGAAGCCCCCCGUGUCCAUCAAGCAGGAGAGAUGUGACCCAGAAUCUGUGAUUUCCCAGAGCCAUCCCUCACCCUCUUCAGAGGUGACAGGCCCUUCUUCCACUGAAAGUGGUAUCAAAACACACCUAUGCCAUUACUGUGGGGAACGUUUUGAUUCCCGUAGUAAUCUAAGACAGCAUCUCCAUACCCACGUGUCUGGAUCCCUCCCAUUUGGUGUCCCUGCUUCCAUUCUGGAAAGUAACGACCUUGGUGAAGUGCAUCCACUUAAUGAAAGUAGCGAGGCUCUUGAAUGCCGCAGGCUUAGCUCCUUCAUUGUCAAGGAUAAUGAGCAGCAGCCUGACCACUCACACCGGGGUGCCACAGAGCCUUUGCAGAUCAGUCAAGUGUCUUUGAUCUCCAAAGACACUGAGCCAGUAGAAUUAAACUGUAAUUUUUCUUUUUCAAGGAAAAGAAAAAUCAGCUGUACUAUCUGUGGUCAUAAAUUUCUCCGAAAGAGCCAAUUACUGGAGCACAUGUAUACACACAAAGGUAAAUCUUACAGAUAUAACCGAUGCCAAAGGUUUGGUAAUACAUUAGCCCAGAGAUUUCAGCCAUAUUGUGACAGCUGGUCUGACAUCCCCCUGAAAAGUUCUCGCUUGUUGCAAGAACAGUUAGACUCAUCUUGUGCCUUAGAGUCAGAACUCACACAAGAAAAUGUGGAUACUAUCCUGGUUGAGUAGCAGUUUCUCCUUCAGGAUUUUUGUAUCAGUUCUGAAAAAGAAAACUCACAUACUUCUUUUAAUUCAUAAAUUAUUUUUCUCCUCAAGUUCUAUUGACUUUUUCUUUACCAUUUAUCCAUAGUUUUAAGGUUGUAUGUAUUAGAUCUUCUUAUUGUAAGAUAUAUUGAUACAUAGCUACUAAAAUGUAACCUUCAAUUAGGGCUGUCAAGUUUUCAUAAAUUAAAUCACAAUUUAGAAAUCAGAAAUCAAUAUAGAAGUAUGGAAGUUUUUCCAGGUUGUAGAAUCUAUAAAAUCAAAUUGAAUAUGAAAUAAGUGAAAUCUUUUUUAAAGAAUAUUCUAGACUAUCACUUUUGGUUAAUGUUCCACAUGAAUUAAGCCCUUAUGAGGAUUAUUUUAAAAUAUUUUCUGCCAUACAGGGAAUUAAUAGUUUUUAGUGCAUAACUAUAUGUUAUAAUGUAUAAAUCAUUUGUUUUAAGGCAUAGCUAUACCAAAUCAUGAGUAGUUUUAAAUUACUUUUUACUUACUAGCUCUGCAACAUCUUAUGUGGCUUUAUUUUUUUUUAACACUGAGCAUACCUCAUUUUCAAUAAAAAAUAUUUAAGAGAGAGAAAGGGAGAAGAGUCAGAAACACACACAAAAACUUAAACAGAAAGAUACAUACACAUAGAUAAGCAUAGAAGCCCCUGGCGUUAGAGACAGAAAUUCAGAUAGAUCUGUGUUGACUGACACCCUAAUGUUAUCUUAAUCUAGAGUGUUUUCUUAAAGACCUUAAGGGAGGGGCUUCCCUGGUGGCGCAGUGGUUGAGAGUCCGCCUGCCGAUGCAGGGGACACGGGUUCGUGCCCCAGUCCGGGAAGAUCCCACAUGCCGCGGAGCGGCUGGGCCCGUGAGCCAUGGUCGCUGAGCCUGCGUGUCCGGAGCCUGUGCUCUGCUACGGGAGAGGCCACAACAGUGAGAGGCCCGCGUACUGCAAAAAAAAAAAGACCGUAAGGGAGUUUGAGAUUUUUAUGACCAGAGGUUUACAUGAGCUUAUGAGGUAAAUGAUAAAAUACAAAUUAUCUUUCUGCCUACAGUAUCAGAAGAUUUUAUAGGCUACCUGGGUUGACAUUAAUUUUCUAAUAAUCACCUGAAAAGGUAAUUUUUCAGUGGCACAAUUUAAACUUUUUUCUGGUCCAUAAAACCAGUAGAGUAGAUAUAGUCAGUGUCCUAGAACUAUGUUUAAAAUCCAUGACAGCCUUCCCUCUAUGAAUCAACUUAACUCCCUUUUAUAUUGGUGAAACUUACAAAGCUAAAAUUCCAGAAAAAUUAAAAUUGGUGGACUGAAUGAUAGAUUCUCCUGCUGUGUGUAGCUGGGAAAUAGCUGGUUAAACUUCACCACAGAGUAUAGAUGUAAAUUGUUUCUGAGAUGUUUAAAUUUAAAAUACUAAAGAGUCAAGGAUAACAAAAGAGAGGCUUCAGAACAGCCUUAUCUUUUUUUGUAUGCUGCCCUGCUAAAUUCUAAACCUCACAGGUAUCUUAGUAAAUUUAAUAAAUUUGGUUUGUGAAGAUUAGAAUUAAACUACGUACAGAAACUGUUUGAUCUCCUUCCUGACUGCUCACUUCUGCGGUUAUUUCCUGACAUCAGAGUUCCUCAACAGUAUCCGAGUUCAGUCAGGAUGUAGCUCAAAGAGAAAUCCAGCUCAUUCUGAGGGCACAAAGGUUUUCUCUGGGUUAUCAGUGAGUUUAGGUGAAUUAUGAACUGAUAAGUUUUUCUUAAGGAGUGAAUGAAGAAAACCAAUGGGCAUUGUCUAAGGUGGUUGAGUUUCUGUCGUAGACAUGGAUGGGAAGCCUUGUGGGGCCCAGGUUGACAUAUGUUAAGAGCAAAAUCUAAGUAGCUAUUGAUACAGAGUCAGUUGUAUUGGGAGUAGUUAAAACAAAUGUAUUGCUCUUUAGUGUCAGAACUGCAUCUAAUCUUAUAUGUAAAUCAUUUAAGUAAUUAUUCAAACUCAUGCUGUCCUCAAAGACUUCAUCUCAUAGGAUGAACACAAAUAUUAACAUUGAUUUCAUGUAUCUUAGGCUAUUCUAGAUAGAUUCCCUAGCCUUCUUCAAGUAAAGUUUUAUUUUUCUCAUUUAGAUAAAAAUUUUCCUGAUUUUUCUCUUCUGUUUUCUUUCCUAUUUGCUCAGUCAUUAGUCGUUGACACAAAAAAGUGUGUAUAGCUAAAGGGUGGGAGUAAGUGUGCAUAUGAAUUGUGGUGUAGGGCAGCAGUUCAGGGCAGAGUCUGGAUGUGGCAAAAGUUUGCUUUUGGCUGACUGUUCAUGACAGACAACAUUAACUUAAAGCAGAGAUGUUGGGUGCUAAGAAAAGAGUGCUUAACUAUUUUUAUUCUUAUUCAUAAAGUUACUUUUAUUAUUAGGAAUUCAAAACAAAUGUUCUUUUCCUUCAUCUUCACAGUAUUCUGUCUAUAUUAGGAAGUGGGAAAAUGAUUACUCCAUUUUAUAGGAAAAUAUCCCAAAACCUGGGUUCCAGAGAGCCAGUGAAUCACUAUUCACUGUGGGAAAUGACCCCUUUUUCAUUCAUUCAACAGGAAUAUUUUAAAAAUAGCUAUUUUAUGACUAACACUGUGCCCUGAGUGUAUUUUUUUAAGACAUGAUUCCUCACUAAGAAAAAUCUACUUUGUAUAAAAAAGUCCUCCCAGCAAAACCCUUUAGUUUUGACUACAUCAUUUGUAAAAUGGAGCUAUUAUCUUAGCCAUAUAGUAUGGUUUGCAUGAUGAUUAUCAAACUCUUAAAACUGGAAAUGCUGUGUACACCUUAAUGUAUUGGGCAAGUACUAGACAGACAUUUUCCCUUUGGAUCAGCUUAGAAUUUUCCCUUCUUUCUAGAUCCCACAUAUAAUUGUUCUCUGGAGGAAAACAGACUGUUUAGGAUUUGUCCUUAUUAGCCUAUUGUCAGAACUCAGUAUCUGAUAAGUGCAGUCUGCCUUAUAAGAAAACCAAAAUUUCUUGAUUUAUCUCCUGAGAUUAUUAUCUCUUUCUCUGAUUUUCUGACUUCCCAUCUGUAAAGUGUCUGUAAGCAAUCCCUACCUCACAGGGGUGUUGUGAGGAUUUGUAUUAAAACUGUGUUAAGUUCUAUCAGUAUUACUGGUAAAAACCAACCAUAUAAAGAAAACUACAUUCUACAUGUUUUCUGCAGCUAAACCUAUUAACUUUAGUAUUCCAACUCAUAAAUUCUAGAAUGUCUUAAAAGCAGUCAUGUACUACUUAAUACUCAAUAAUUAAUUGGCAGAAUUCUUAUUUUUUUGGCAGAAUUCUUAUUUAUUUUUUUUUUACAAAUACUCUAGAAACAGCAGUGUUGCUAGAAUUCCUAUUCUACCUACCAUAGUUUAACCAUCAGUAUUUCUCUUCAGCCUUUAACAAGGAGGAUAUUAAUUCUUUGGUGUUAUUGGGAAUGAAACCUUGCCAAGUGCAACUUUAUUUAAAGUUCCCCCAAACGUAUUAUUUACAUAUAGGAAACGGAACAAAAGCAAUGGAGAAAAUACUAUUUUCAUUUCUCUGAUGUAGGUCAUCUAAAAAGUAGAUGGAGACCAGAAAUGGAGCAGGGCAAAUAACCGAGUAAUUCAUUAUGUUUUGUCAAAAUAGUAAGGCUUCACUUAAAACAGAAGGAAAUACAUAUUAAUCAUGGAAGAAGAUAGUCUGGAAAAUGUAUAAUUCCACUGAUGUUUAUUUGCACAGGCAAAUUCUUGAUGUUGUAACUCAGAUCCUUGAGAAGUAUCCAUUUUUUUGUAGUAAUUGAGGUAAAAAUAGGCGAUGUGAAGAAUUUUCAUAAUGUAACUUGUAUCUUUGUAUGUUUUAAACUAAAUGUAGCUCUAUGGUAUUUUAUUAUAAUUAAUUUUUGAAUUCCUAAGAAUGAAAUCUGUACAUUUUUAUUCUUUGCUGUACUUCUGUGUUUGUAUGGUUGGACUUGUUUGAAAACUGGUAAGAUUAUACAAUCCUAUGCCUGGCUGUCUUAAAUAUAAGGAAUUACAAACUGUGAUUUUUGUCUUCAAGACCUGGAAGAAUCCUUUGUGCUUCAGUGUAUAUCUGUGCCACACUUGAUUAAUUAGUAGAUAUUGCUCCAAUGCAAUUGAUGUUAACUGUCAUCAACUCUUCUAUUUUGUGCCAAAUAAAGUCAUUUAAUCAGAUUAAAUAAAAUAUCAACUUAAAAUACUUUCAGAGAAACUUGGAUUUCAAAAACCUGUACCAAAAAAAAAAGGCAAAAGGGAAUUCCCUGGUGGUACAGUGGUUAGGAGUCUGCACUUUCACUGCCGAAGGCCUGGGUUUGAUCCCUGGUCGGGGAAUUAAGAUCCCACAAGCUGCACAGCACGGCCAAAAAAAGAAAAAGAAAAAAAGCAAAAACUUGUACAAUGAAAAAGGGCCCCUGAAGAAACCUUCAAAGUACUAGUAAUAGUAACACAUAAUACAGGAGACUGAAAUCAAUAAUAUAUUGUAUGGUUAAACUCUUCCACCUAAUGUAUUGUGAGUUUGCUUCAGAAACAUUAUUUCAGAAAGUUUCGUAUUCUCCAUUUGGAAUGAAAACUGUGAAUUUCAUGUAUUUUAUCAUGACAAAUAAAUUAAUGUGACUUGAUCAUAAACAAAACCUUUUAUUAACUCA